GGGCAGUCGAGCCUCUGAUUCUCUGAGGUGGCGCUGAAACACAAAUCCGAUCAACGGAGUGAGUAAGCCUUGCGGGAAGGGAGACCGGGACCACGAUUCGCGCGCGCUCGUCCAAAGCAGCGUUCGCCGACAGUUGCAUUGGAGCGUCGAGCGUGAACGGUUGGACGCGUUAGUCAGCCAACCGUGUGUGAACCGUGGUGCAUAUGAGUUGUUGCAAUUGAAGUGAACGGUAAUGUGGUCCAUAUCAUAGAGCUAUAAGUAGUAAGAAAAGUGUCGCCAGUGUGUCAAGUGUUCCAUCAAUCAAUGCCGCCGAUCAAUGCUCCGAGAGCAAGUUUCGCUCGAUCAUUAGCGUAGACAUUCUCUGCUGUUUGCUAAUCAACAACAACGACUAGAGUAGAGGUACUAGUCAGUGGUGGUGGUUGUGCUGGUCGCGUGUCAACCCCCCCCCCCCCACACGAACAGUCGGCCUGCAACGUUGGAGAUGGCAGACGGUGAGUGUGUCGAUGCGGUUGCACUUAAUGUGGACGAUGCCGUACUGGGGCAGAGGUUAACGCUAACCUUCCGCAACAUCUGCUAUCGACGCAAGGAUCGGAAUGGCGGGCGGCCCAAGGACAUCAUCAAGGGUGUGUCGGGACGGUUUGAGCCUGGCAGGUUGGUGGCAGUGCUGGGUCCAUCCGGAGCUGGGAAAUCUUCCCUUCUGAGUAUCCUUUCCGGAUUAAGACAGACUGGGUUCAUCGGUACGAUCGAGGUGAAUGGGUACAUGCUGGAUAGGCGCCGGUAUCGCCAGCAGUGUGUCUACAUCCAACAAGACUUUAACCUAAUCGACCACCUAACCGUGCUGGAAACGAUGAACUACGCAGCCGAGCUGAAGAUGCCGAACCGAUCGGAAAUGGUGCGCAAGAAGAAGGUGAACGACGUGCUGCACAUCCUCGGGCUGGACAAUGCGAUGCGUACGGCGGUGAAGAAGCUUUCCGGUGGUGAAAAGAAGCGUCUCUCGAUCGGUAUUGAGAUGGUCAGCAAUCCACCCAUAAUACUGCUGGACGAACCAACGAGCGGGUUGGACAGUGUGGCCGCAAUGGAGCUUAUAAGCUACGUGAAAACGGUGGCAGCCGAGGGUCGUACCGUUGUCUGCGUCAUCCAUCAACCGUCUUCCAGCCUGUUCCAGCUGUUCGAUGAUCUCUAUCUGCUGGCGGGCGGUGUUUGCAUUUACAGUGGCCCACUGGACGGCAUGGUCGGCAUGUUUGCGGAAGCCGGCCACCAGUGUCCGAAGUUCUACAACCGAGCCGACUUUGCGCUCGAAGUAGCGUCUAAGCCGUUGCGUGAGCUGGAACAGCUGGUGCAUCGGUACGGCAAGCUGGACGCGAUCGACCGGAAGCAGACACGGCAGGAAAACAACAUCAAGGACGAGAGCGAUCCGCUGGACGAAGAUAUUGAUGUGGUGACGGAAGCAAAUCGCCAAAGAAGUGGUCGAUAUCAAGUCUCCCAGAGGAGACAGUUUUACGUACUAUUGCGUAGGUCGUUGCGGGUGACUUCGAGAGAUUUUUUUUUUGCUCAGCUGCGUGUUAUUGCCCACAUACUGGUGGGAUGUUUGCUCGGCGCCGUCUUCUAUCAAGCCGGACAGGAUGGGGCGCUGGUCAUGGUGAACGGUGCCUGCCUGUUCUUCUUCCAGCUGUUCAUCUUCUUCGGUAACGCGAUGCCGUGUGUUAUCACCUUUCCACUCGAAACCAAAGUGUUCGUGCGGGAGCGGCUCAACAACUGGUACUCGCUGGAGGCGUACUACCUCUCCAAGAUCGUUGCCGAUCUGCCGCUUCAGCUCAUCUGCCCGUCAGUGUUUCUAGCGAUCGCCUACUACCUUACCGGCCAACCGCUCGAAUGGGAACGGUUCGGCAAGCUCGCUCUCGUACUGCUCCUGCUCGGCAUCUUCGCCCAAACGGUGGGACUCCUCUCCGGCGCCGCGUUCGACAUCCAGAUGGCAACAUUCUUCGUGCCAUGCUUCAGCAUACCGUCGCUACUGUUUUCGGGCUUUUUCGUCAAACCGUACGAAAUGAACGAAUACCUCGGGUAUGUGGCGUACACCUCCUUCUUCCGCUACAGCCUGCAGGGUUCGCUGCAGGCCGUCUACGGCGAUGGCCGGGGAGCGUUUCCCUGCUCCAAGGAUAUCUGCUACUACAACAAACCGGGCAAAUUUCUCAAGUUCAUGGACACGCGCGAAGAUGGCUAUUGGGAGAAUGUGUACGUGCUGGCUGGGUUUAUUGUUGCGUUUCAGGCCAUACUGUAUGUGGUGUUGCGCUUUCGAUUGAAAAUAUACCAAUAAUGUUGCGGUUGAAGGGGUGUUGGUUGAAGAGUACGAAA